GUGCUCGGGCCGCAGUUGCGGCUUCAACGUCGCCCGUGGAAGCCCAGCUACUGCUGGUGGACGAGGACAUACUGCGAUCCGUCACUCUGGGUUCUUCCCUUCAGCGGGCGGGCUGGAUUUGGCGGCUCCAACCACAAAGGAUGGCGGAGAACGAGCUGGAAGCGUUGUGGCCGCUGGCAAAGCCAGGAAGUGGCUACGACAUGUUUCUGUCCCACACGUGGCUCACACCGGGGCCACUGAAGUUUCGGUCUUUGUUGUUGGCUUUCAACUGGCACUACGCAUUGCUUGGGUGCUUUCUCGGCGGUUUCAUGGCUCUGCUACUGUAUGCCUUUGAUGCUGCUCCCAUGCCAAUGAUCUACGUCGCGCAGUUCAAGGGCUAUGGCGAGGUUUGUGCUCUUGGCCCGUGGGCCCUGCUCUUGACCCCACUAUGCGGAGCUUCAGCGCUCCUUCUCUCUCCAUAUCUGCCAAGACACAAAUCUGUCAACGUCUUCUUUGACCUCGUCUGCAUUCACCAGACGAACACCGAUCUGAAACACCGAGGGAUCUAUGGCAUCGGCGGCUUUCUAUCGGUGACUGAGGAGUUGAGAAUCCUAUGGAGUCCGCCCUACCUAAGUGGUGGAGUGGACCGCCCCCUGAUGUACCUCAGCAUCUUGGCAACCACGGAGGCUCAGCUUGUGCGCGUUGAGCCCGCGAAGUGUCCACCGGUGUCUGGAUCUGGGUGCGAGCUACGUGCAGCGCUUGUGAGCUCAGAUUCUUGUGAUGUGUGUGUAAGUGAGAAUGCGACUGUUGACAUGCACAUGCCGGGGGAGAGAAUUGCGCUUGGGGAGUUGGAUGGUCAAGAGGGUGGCCACGGGAAUUGCAUUUUCAUUAAUGUGCUCAUGAUCGAUGACGUUGAGGGCUAUUCGGCUUUCAUUGUCCUCGCCAUGGAAUUGCUAGAGGAAGUCUUUUCUUUGACAAGAGAUCUGCUCCUUUCCUUCUCCGAUUUGCCGCCCUUUCUUCAUCCUGAUGCAGGUGGCAAGUCCCAUUUUGGACAUGGUGCGAUUGCUCUAAGUGGCUGCUGUCUCUCACGAGUUUUUGCUGCUUUGGGGCAAGUCUGGGUUCAAAUUCGCCUGAAAAGGCGUUGCGGGUGGAUUGGAAUCCGUGUAGGCGAGGCCUCCCAUCCGGGGCCCGGUAGCGCUACUACUGCACGAAAGCGGUUCGAGGGGCAGAAUGGGGCUAUCAUUACCAUGCUGCUGCAGUUCCUUUUGCAAAUGCUGCAAGGAGGCGGGGAUCCACAACAAAUGCUUCAGCAGGCCUUGGGCAUGUUUGGAUUGCAUGGUUUCGGCGGCGGUCAGGCCACUGGCCCGGCAGGCGGGCCAUCUGGCCGCAAAAAGAAGAAGAAAAGGAAAUUGAAGUAUCAGCCAUCCCCCCCGCUUGGCGGGGGCCCAUCUUCGGUUGUUGGCCCGAUCGGUUCUGCGACUUCGGGGCCACAGCAGAGUGGAGGCAGGGGCAAAGGCAAGGGCAGUGAUCAGCUGCCGAAGGACGCUAAAGGAAAGGGCAAGGGCAACAGCAAUGUGACCCGACAUGCAUCUUCAUGGCGCAUUCGGUCUCAGGACUGGACUGCUGCUGCUGACAUUAAGUUCGUUGAGGCGGGCCUUUAUGCGAAUUCCGUUGGCAACAAGCAGACUGCGGUGGUUCAGGCCCAGGAUUUGCCACAGGUUUCGGAGACACUGGCGAGCAAUCGUGGUAAGGAGGCGGCGCCACUCACGGUGGUCCUGCCGGUUAUGCCGGGCAUCUUUGUGGAGUCAUUGACUGCUUUGCGGCCUGAUGCUAAGGUGGUGCGGGCCCGCAUCCCCGGACGUGAAGACGGCAAACUCUUGCAAAAGGAGUGCUGGGUCAUCCGCAUUGGGGAUGAUGCCCCGAAGUUGGCGCAUGGGCAGGUGGCAUCGGCGAGAACGAGUUUGACCACGACCAGGCCUUCCGUGGUUCUUCGGCUAUCGACGGUUGCUCCUUAUUGCACCAAGACUGGUUGGCAGGACAUGCGUAAAUCCCCUGCGAUCAAAGCUCGAGCAUGGGUGCAGGGAGUUCUCCAGGAUGGCCGCGGUGUUCAGGAUACAUGGGGAUGGGCAGUCGAGCUUCAGUCGCGGGGCGAGGUCAUCACAGGCCUUCUUCGCGUGAGUCCGGCAGCUGCCAGGCAUCUCAUUUCAGCUAGUGGGCGCACGGAGCAGGGCAAUGCCAUCUUUGUGGAGCCGCUGAGGUGGGAUGCCCCGUUGGACGGCGAGGCCUCAAAGCCUCCAGCAGUCGAUUGGGUCGAGCGCCAUGGGGGUGAGGAGGACAAUGAUUAUCUUAAGCGAGUGGUUGCCCUUUCGUCCCAUUUGGGUGUCGCUCGAGGCAGUGCUCAGCUUGGGGUGCGAAGACCGCGUAAGUCGGAGGAGGGGGGUAGAGUCAGAGCAUGGAGCAUCGGCGGAGUCCCCCGGCAAUGGCAAACGGAUGAUGUCACUGGUCUGUUGCAGGAGGUCGGCUUUGAUCACAUCACGUUACAGCGGAAAACUGUCAAUCGCAAAGGAGCUUCAUGGAGCUUUAGGGCGGGGCGGCCGGAUGCACGGGACUAUCUGGAUGUUCAGGUUGGUGAUGCUACAUUCUUUGCGGCGGUGAUGGGGUCCACUCCCAAACCUCGCAAAACCACACCCCUGCAAUUCGAGCGAGUUCAGUAUGUUCAGGGCGGUAAGCCGGGGUCCAAAGGCACUUUGCGCGUGCCCAUUGUCAACAUUGACGCUGAGGCACCGGUCGUUCAGGCAGCUAAGAAACAGCGGACAGAUGCCAUCCCCGACGGGAUGACCAAAGUCGACAUCGCCAAAGACGGCAACUGCCUCUUUGCAUCCAUUGCUAUGGGAGUUACAACUGCAGCUCAGCCAAGGACUGCAGCACAGAUUCGCGCAGCAUGCGUUGGGGCGAUGCAGCGCCACCCCCGGCGCUUUGAAACCUCGUGGGAUGGUCGGGAGCCGACUUCGGGCGAAAAGACCAUUGAAGCCGAGACGGGCAAGCCUCCUUUCUCCGUGUACCUCGACAUGCUCGCGAAGGAAGGGUCUUGGGGAGGAGCUUUGGAAACAGCGGCAAUUGCAUUGGCUAUCAAGCGGACUGUUGUCGUGCUCGGGCCCACUUUGCAGCAGGCCGAGCCCAUUGUUUACAACCGAGGGGCCGCAGGUGAUCCGGUGGUGCUUUGGUUUGAGGGCCGGCAUUAUGACUUGUUGCGAGGCGCUCUACCUGGAGACAUUCUUCAAGCAGCGCAGCCGGGCGACUGGACAGGACAUCGUGGUGGUGGGGAUGUGGGGGACGAUCUUUCCGAGAUCACUUGCUUCACUCCCGCUGGGCAGGGUGUGGCAGUCGCCGAAGCGGUUGAGGAGCCAGCUGAGUCCGAGAUCACGGCGGCUUCGUUUGGCAAUCAAGGAACAGUGCGCUCGUCGUCUACAUUGGUGCAAGGAUCCUUAAGCCAGUUGUGGGGUCGUGGAGGUUCCAGGGGCUCUGCGGCGAUUGAUGCGGCGGCCGGUGUCGCUUCUUCUUCCAGGCCUGGGGGCAGUGCGGCGGCCAGUGCUACUACUACUACACAGGACAUUGGCAACAUCAACGACUUCAUCGGGGAGGAGCAGGUUGACAUCGUGCCGCCGCCGCCAGCUCCAGUUGGUGCUAAGCGUGCGCGUAAAUGGCAGCCGAAGGCCCUGAAAACCAAUUCCGGGUGGAAGUGCUCUGAGUGCGGUUACUCUACGGGGGUCAGCAAGUACUGGCCGCAACGCAAGCAGGCUCAUGUGGAUCGCUUCCAUCCGGAGCUGCGGGAGGAGCUUAGCAUGCGCCUUAGGCGAAUUGGGAUGGUGCCGUACAACAAGGACACUUGCAUCUGGAAAUGCCCGGCCUGUGACAAGGGGCUGCCCAACCACGAUGCGAGUGAUGAUACUCGGUUGCAGGCCCGGCGGCAACAUGCAGAAACGGAGCAUCCUGACCUUGACAUCUCCCUCUUCCUGUUGAAGCCCUCCACUGCAGGCGCCGCCAAGGCCACGAAUGUGGUGAAAGCAGCGGGUGUGGCUUCGCGGCUUCAGGAGAUCAAGACGGGAAAGGGUGGCAACCAUACCGUGGAGUUGGUACGCCUGCCGGCCACACCGGGUCAAUCGGGGAAAAAGCGGCGUAAUGCAUUGGUCUAUGCGCUAUGUGCUCGAUGCGCUCAGCUCUCGUUGUCGGUGGCCAGAUUGGGGGCAAUGCCAUGCAGGAGAACAGCGCAGGGGGCCAAGCGGCCUGCAUUCAUUAAGCGCCUCAAAGCAGCUCGCGAUGGCGCCAGUGUCACGCAGGAGGUUUUGGAUGGCAUCAAGCGCACCCUCGAGGUCAUUGACGCCGAUGCCGCCACAGUGAUCGCCGAGCAGGCGGAGGAGGAGGAGCCGGCCGAACAUGAGUUGCAUGCCGUUGCUUGGCCUGGUGCGGAGGGGUAUUCCAUCAAAUUCCUUUGUGUCCGUUGCCAAGGGGCCUGGUCUGAUGAACGUGGGGCACGCCCGGUCAAAUGCAACUUCGGAGGGCGCCGUUACAAAAAGAAGCGCAAUGGUGAUCUUCGUGCUUUGAGCGAGGCUGGUGGAGUUGCGGGCCAUACGGCUGCAGAUAUCUUGCGCUUACUUGGCGAGCCUCUCGAGGACGCUGGUGGCGAUGGGGCUCGGCAGACUUUGGCGGCAGGUUUCUACCUUGGCGGUGGCGGCGGGGGUCCGCAAGCCUUUCGGGCCAAGGGAUGGAAUUUGAUUGUGGGGCCGCAGGGCUAUGACACUAAGGGGGCCUCCAGGGGGGGCGUUGCCAUUCUCACGGACUGGCCUGCGCAAGAGAUUGAGGUGCCGGCGACCGUGGUUCAUGAUCAUCGGGUGAUGGCAGCCCGUGUCCAUCGUCCUGGGCGUCCUCCUUUCCUCGUUGUGAAUUUGUACUUACCGGCUAACGAUGACAUGCUCAAUCAAGCCAUUAUUUCGAAAGUUUGUGAAUGGGUGCAACAAAUGGGCUGCGACUUCAUUAUGCUCGGGGAUUGGAACCGGCUGGCUACGCAACAGCCGCUGGUGGAAUACCUUAGCUCGGGGAGGCUGUUGGCGGCGGACAAUGACGUCUUCAUUCAGUCCCAGGGCACGCGAAGGAACCAACAAGGCCACUAUACCGGUCGCACCAUUGACUACGGCGUCCACUCAUGCGGCUUGUGGGUGGGGCGCCGCGCUCAGCUUCAAGUCAAGGCCCAAACACUUCGUGAACGGCGGCUUCGUCGAGCGGCCCGUCGGGCCUGGGCAUGGGCUGGCGGUGACGACAAUCCUGAUUUGGAACGCAAUCUGCGGAGGGAUGUGGCUGCGCUUGGUCGGCUCAUCCCAUCGCUGUUGGACUACCCGUUCGGUGGCCAUGAGUUGGCGCAAGCGUUAUUGGAUGAAGCUGCUAAGGAAGCGGAGCGCGCUUCCAAAGCGCGAGUUCAGGAAUGGAAGGGAAGCGUUGUUCAUGACAUUGCAAAGGCGGCGCGCUGGGUGCGAGGCAGCGAACAGGAGCGCCCCGUCAACAAUGUCACCGAUGAUCCUCAUCCUCAGGCGCGGGCUGGUCGAGAGGCGCAUCGUUGGUCGGCUGUGUGGGAGGCCCAAGCCCGCCCGGACGGCCGCGCUUUGGAAGGACUUCUUGCGGAUCUUCCUCGUGAUGAUCUUCGGGCAGUGGCUCCUAGUCUUCGGGUCACGGCUGCGGCUCUUCUUCGCCGUGCGCGAGCAUCCGCUCGGAAAGCGGCUGGGACCGAUGGCUGGUCGGGGGCCCACUUCUCGACUUUGCCUUUGGGCUUUUACGAGGGCCUCGCGGCUAUUUGGACAUUGAUCCUUGAGGACGCCCCGCUUCCCAGUGCGUGGCUUCAGGUCAGGACCGCCCUCAUUAACAAGGCGGACGGCGGUGUGCGGAUCGCAUUUCAGCCAAUCUUCGUUGAGAACCUCAUCCUGAAAUCGUUUUUUGGCAUUGCGGCUAUCCAGGGGACGUAUCUCGCAACUUUGCAGUUUCCAACUGUCAGGGGCUUAGCUGGCAUUCAAGUUCUUGUAUGUUUUGGUCUCAUCCUUCCCCUCAUCCAAGUCGUUCGUUCGUUCAUGCGGGAGAAGCAUGUGGCUAUUUGGCAACUGGAAAACUUUGAUUUGACGAUGGUGGAUUGCAAGAACGAGUUUGAUCGGAGAUUCGUGUAUGACGCAAUUCGCAAGUGGUAUGGUAGCGAAGAGAACUUCGAACAAUUCGUACAGGGAAGGCUUUGCGAGGAAUUGAUCGAGAGAUUCCGCGUGAUUGAGGUGCCUUGGGUUUAUCACUUGUUGACUGUCUGUCCGUACUUGGGAGGAUGGGUGGAUAUCACGUGUGCCUUGUGGAAAGGUGGUGCCCCUUCCUCGUGUGUGCUGUCCUUUGGCAUUGGAAUGUGCUUAACCUGUGGUGUUUGGGCCCUUGUUGCCGUGGAGCUGAUCUACAUAUUGUCAGACUUCUUUGCCGCCAAAAGGAAAUCUUGCCUCGGCAAUCUCAUGGUGGAUGUGGGCAUUCUUAUCUGUGUGGGACUGCUGGUGCUGCUUCAAACGACCGCCAGCCGACUGGCCUAUGGCGCCGCUCCUUUUACUACGCCACCUCAACCUGAAUCCGCAGCCUCUCCAGAUGCUUCGCUUUGCACGAACAGCAUAUGGACGUCAGCUGCUUUGUUGGCACUCGUGCUGCUGAUUGCAGUGCUAUUCUUUAAGUCUAGCCUGCGACGAAGGACCAACGAGGGCAACUUCCUAGACACAGGUGAGAUCUCGGUUCCGUUGGUCAAAGAACACCCUCCUGCCGCAUUUAUCCUCUUUGCCAUCCUCAUGAGUGUCUCCCUGGGAGUUAUGAUCCUCGGCGAGCCGUGGGUGGCUGAAGCUCAGAACAACGACGAAGCCCAGAAAUUGAAGGUGAAAGACCUGGAGAGGACAAAAAACAUGGAGGAGCUGGCAAAGCUUUGUGCUGGUCUGGACGAUGAUGGAAACGGGUUGAUGUCCUUGGAAGAGAUUCUGAACGGAUUCGACAGCAUGGAUGGCUUUCAGAGACUAAUGGAGUCCAUGGACAUCAGGCGUGAAGAGAUCGAGACGAUCUUCAGCGUACUGGAUUCCGAGAACACGGGUGCUGUGCCCUAUCUCGACUUCUGCACUCACCUGGGAGGCUUCCGGAAAAGAGAUCCCAUUGUCAUGCACUCCAUCGUCAAGUACAAGACAAUGCAGAUACAAUCGCUGAUCCAGAAGGAGGUCAUGGGUGCUCUCCAGCAACAGACGCGGAUGCUCCAAGAGCAGUACCGACUGUUAGCUAACCUCACAGUCCUCACUGCUGGCGCCAAUCAAAGCCCGAACGAAUCCGUCAACGGCGGAGAACCGACAGAGAACCAGGUGGCACUCUCCCGAGUCACAUCAAGCCUGUCAGAUGUAGGCCUUCCCUUUCCAAUGCCGGUCGGCGAUUCUGAGUCUAUGGAAAUCUUCGAGCGCUUAGAGCGCCGGAUGCAGCCAUUGCUUUUGCAGGCGGAGGAGCUUGCCAGAGAGGCGCUCGCAGGGCGAUGCUUUGACGCUUCCAAACCAACGGCGAGGCCGUUUGAGCCAGGGAGAAAGGGGGCACCGUCGCGCUGCGAUAGCGCAUGUUUGAACGAAGACAUCUUGGACGAGCGAGAGCACCUGGAUGAGCACUGGAUGCUGGAG